AGCGCUCUUCGGGUCGCAAUGGCAACCGCGUGAGAAAGGACGACACCAGCAACUUUUGUCGUGUUUGUAAUGUUACGAAGACAUUGCAAGUCGCUGAGGAAACUACCUUCUGAUGUGAACCACAGAUGUUACACACUAUCUCAAGUCCGAAAAUGUCCCAGGGAUGUACAGUUUCUGUGGAAGAGAUCCAGUCUUGGUGGGAAGUCCCCGCCAUAGCCCACUUCUGCUCGCUGUUCAGGACAGCGUUCAACCUCCCAGACUUUGAAAUAGAGGAGUUGGAGAAAGCCCUGUCAGAGCAGGACUUGGACUUCCUCAGGGACCUCAUUGCUUGUCUUCUGCAAGGCUGCUACCAGCGCAAUGACAUCACCCCACAGGCAUUUAGCAGUUACCUGGACGACAUCAUCAGCUACCGGUGGGAGCUGGAAGAAGGGAAGCCCAACCCACUUCGAGAAGGUCCCUUUGAGGAUCUCCCUCCUCGCACUCAGGUGGAACUGCUGCACCGGCUGUGCGACUACCGUCUAGAUGCCGCUGAUGUCUUCGACCUGCUCAAGGGCCUGGAUGCAGACAGCCUGAGAGUGGAACCGCUGGGGCAGGAUGGAAAUGGAGCCCUCUACUGGUACUUUUACGGCACUCGCAUGUACAAAGAAGAACCAACCAAGAGGAAAGCAGAGAAAAUCAGCGAAGGCACUGAGCUGACGUUACCAGAGAAAAAGAAAAGGGGAAGACCACCAAAGAAGAUAAAACUGGAAGGGCCUCAGCUGUGUGAGCUGGAAAACGAAGUGACAACAGAAAACGAGCCGCAAGAUCCUCCCCCUAGCACAGGCCGCAAGCGAGGUGCCUGGUCGCUCGUGUGCGAUACGGAGGAGCAAUGGGUCAGUCUGGUCGAGAGCAUCCAGGACAAACCCUCCCCCCAGGACCGCCACCUCCACCGGGUCAUCAGCCAGAACUUCUUGCCCGAGAUCCGCAGCAUGAUCGAGCACAAGGAGCAGGAGCAGAAACAGAGGCUACUGGACCCUGCCCCAGUUCCCAUAUCACAACGCUUCUCAGGAAAAUACUUCAACCGAGAGCACGAGGAGAAUGUGAGGGCCAUAUCACAGGAGGAGGAAAAGAAGAAAGACGAGGAGCUGGACAGGCAGGUCCUGCUGGCCGAGCAACGGCGCGAAGAGGAAAGGCUCCAUCAGGAGGAGCAGCAGAGAGAAAAGAUGGAGAAGAUCAAAGCUGUAGAGGAGCGAGCCAAAAGGAGGAAGAUGCGAGAGGAAAAGGCCUGGUUACUGUCUCAAGGAAAAGACCUGCCACCUGAACUCCUGAAUCUGGAGCCUUCUUCUCCCGUCCAUAGAACACGCAAGAAUAAAGCGUUCUAUGAAAUAGAUGACGACUACACUACCCUGUACAAAGUGCUCGAGGUUUUGAAAGCCCAUAAAGAUGCGUGGCCUUUCUUGGAGCCUGUGGAUGAUUCCUACGCCCCCAAUUACCACGAGAUCAUCCAGACACCAAUGGACCUGUCCACCAUUGAAAAGAAGCUCAAUGAUGGGGACUACGUCGCUAAGGAGGAGUUCGCCGCUGACGUGAAGCUCAUGUUUGAGAACUGCAUUGAGUACAACGGAGAAGACAGCGAGUACACUAGCAUGGCUGAGUCUCUAGAACGGUGCUUCAGCCGGGCCUUAUUGAAACACUUUCCGUCCGAGGACGGCGACACGGACGAGGAAUUCCACAUCAGCAGUGAAGACAAGGAGCGCAAGGACAAAAAACGCAAUCGUGGCAGCAGUAAACAUUUGGGACCUGGGAGUCUGAUCAAAGCCACCGAGCAAGUCCAACGUAAGAGAAACUCCCAAGGGGGCAAGGGCAGCUCCCACUCCGAUGAGAACAACAGACGGAUGCGUCCGCCUCCUUCUCUUCACUGGGCCAAUGCCCCCCCUCAUCCCCAAAGCCUGCCUCUGAGCCAGCAGCACAUUCACCGAGGAGACAUGAGGGGCAUGUACCACCCAGGACAACAGCUUCUUGGUCCUCAUGGCCCACACAUGUAUGGCCAGAGAAUGGCCAUGGAUCCCCGCUUCUCUUAUCCAGCUCAUAUUCCCAGGCAUGGCGACCCCGGUUUGAACCGAUUGCCACACAACUUUAACAUGCAGCAUCGCAUGGUCGAGGGACGGCACAUGGGUCCUAGGUAUCCAAUGGGCCCAGAUCCUAACCAACACCAGCCACAGCAUCCCUACAUGGGUCCAACUCACGGCCCGUCCCUGGGCCCCCGGCCCUUGGGCCUCCAGCCCGAACCUCCUCCCGAAGCCAGCAUGUAUCCAUCCCACCACCGUCCAGAGGGACACACCAUGCACCCCUUGGGGAACAGAUUCCUAGGGCCAGAAGGACUCCCUCAGCAUAACUACCUGAGGCCUCCCGGUAUGGGCCUGUCUAACAUGUGGACUGGUAUGAAUCACCAGGAGAGACCCAACGGGAUGGGAAUGCAAGAUCCCAACAUGGUGAACCAGCGCAACUUUAGUCAGGGCGGAGUUCCCCCUCCAGUGGGCCAUAAACCUUGGCCAGAGGCGGCUGGAUACCCCCACCCCUCGCCCAAUGCCCAGUAUCAAAUGUCUGCAAUGGUCGGCUCCCCGGGCCCCAUGUCCUCCCGCCCCCCUGUUCCCCACCCAGACUCCUCUGGCAGGACGCGCUUGGCUUCUAUGCUGCAGAGCCCGGAGAUGCUGGCCCUGCAGCAGCUGUCGGCCUCUUCUGGACCCCCUGCUGGCACCCCUCAUCAGCACAUCGACAACUUUCAGCCGAGUGGGCCCCCAUCAGGAAUUGGCAGCAUCCCAGCUCGCCCCUCUCAGCAGCCUCCCCCUGCCCCUGAGGUUCAGCUGCUGCGUCCCGCAAGAGACAAUGGGCCAGACAGCCAGGCUUCUCAACAAACAGACAUGCGGCCCAAAGAGUCAACAUCCGCCAACAUUUCGGAUGAAGCCUCAUCACACCAAAUCGCCGCUUCAACUAACCAGGAGCCCACGUCCAUUCGUAGCCCCACAGAGAGACUCGCUGGGCCAGCAGAGAGAAUGCAGAGCCCCCCAGCCUCUAACUCGGGCAAAUCAGAGGAGAAUCCGUCCGGACUGAGGCAGAUUUCAACAGCGAGCCACCGGCCCGAGGCAGAUGGCCAGAGACACUCAGCCAGCCACUGUCCGACUGAACACAUGAGGGCCACGGGUGUCUUGUCCUAUCUCAACUCCAGUAACAGCAGCGCCACUGACCACGCCCAGCCCAGCCACCCGCAGCAAACACAUGACAGUCCACAGCAAAAAGCUCGAAGCCCUGCCCUUCUUCACCAGAACUUACCACCACUGCGCUCCCCGCCGCUGCGUUCCCCUCAGCGAAUGUCGGAGAGCAACCCGUCACGCGUGCAGGAUGCACAUCGGCAAAGUGAGCAGCACGACAUCCAAAAACAGCAGCGACCUCAGUCCAGCCAGAGUACACCGCCCCAAUGCCCCCCUCAGAGCUCUCCCCAGCCGAUGACCCAGAACACGCCGCAAAAUACUCUCCUUCCCCCUCAUCACGUCCCUCAAAACACCUCUCCACGUCCUACCCCCAUGCACGGGAUGCCGCACAGUGCCGCGCAAGGUGCCCAGCCUGGACCCCCUCAGCCAGUUCCCCUCACCUCGCUGCCACCCAGCCGCCCCACCCCUCUGCUACCAUCCCAGCCGAGCCCAGCAGACCAUGGAAAUCAAAGACCGAGCGAGCCUACAAGUAGAACGGACACGGACGGCAAUGUCGCCCCGCCGCUGCACAUGAUGAAAUCUGGGCCUCCAAAUGGCGUUGACAAACAGCAGGCUUUUAGCCCCAAUCCCCAUCAAACUCAGGUGUUGGGCAGUCACCCAGGUAUGCAGGCUCAGGGAGGGCCAGCACCUGUUCACAAUCCAGCCAUGCCUCCUCAAUCCCAGGGCCAGGCAAAUGGAGCCAUGGGUCCGUAUGCCAUGGGGAACAAUCUACAUCCACACUACAGCCGGCCAAUGCCUCCAUCCGCUCACCACCCGUAUCACAACCAGGCCAUUAACAGCCUCCACAAUCCAGCUCAGCACCUCGGCUACCGCCAGCAGGGAGGGGCCGCCUACCCGUACCACGCACCAGGCCAACAGCACCCUCAGGCCCACCCCAACAUGUACCCGAGUCAUCAGUACCAGCAACAGCACUACUUCCCACAAUCCCACUCCCAAGUUCAGAUCCACAACCAGGCCAGCAGCAGAGGAGGUUACCCUCCAGAGGAGUGGCAUCGGCCUCCUUAUCAGCCUCAGCAACCAAUGUCGCCCAACGGCUACCUACCUGCAGCUGGCGCCAGGGGCAACGCUCAGCUGAAGGAGAGCAGUGUGUCGCCGCUGGGCUCCGAGGGCUCCGGUCUGAUGUCCCCCGGCCCCGUGCCCGAAGUAGUGCCACACCCCGUCGGCCCUGAGGAGAGGAAGUGCGAAAGCCCCGGGAGCAGCCCCGCCAAGCGGGCCCACGAGGAGAGCUCAGAGCGGCCUGAGAGCCCGAAAGAAAUCCUGGACCUGGACAGCCACAACGCGGCGGCCCGCCGCCGCAACGCCCAGUCGGCUCAACAGCACCACCCUGCCUCCGCCGCACACAUGGUGUCCGGCUUCAUGUUCGACCCUGGUGCCGUGCAUCCCGGGAUGCAGCGCGGCGGCGUUCCUCCGCCCCACAUGAUGUUUCAGACUCGUGGAAACGCCAACGGAGCUCCCUACCAAGGCCGGCCGUACCCGGAUGCCGGACGCUACGCCGCCCAAAGACCACACCCGCAUCUGAUGGAGGCGCUGCAGCGGCCCCAGCAGCUGCCUUACUCGCCGGGUCAGACGCGCAUGGUCAUGUACAGACACUCUCGGCCCGCGGGGAACUUCCAGGGCAUGAUGAUUCAGCAGAGGGGCGUGGCACCAGAACACUUCCUACACCCAGGGCAGCAGAUGAUGGCGGCUCCAGGCGGCCCUACCAGUAAACAAGGAGUGUGACAGGAACUGUUUUCGGAGUAUAUUACUAUCAAUCCUGAGCCAAAAGGAAAAAUACGUGGGUACGCGGACUGAGACUGUGGAACGGACCCUUUGCUUCAUGAUUUUCUUACACUGGACAAGAACCCUUUGGCUCGAUUUGCCCACCACUGAACUUGAGGAUCCAACCAGGGAGCUGGUAGACCUACGUUUUAUUGAGCCCUGGGGAAUAAUUCUCUUUAUGCUUGCCAUCCUUCUAAUGGAGCCGUCACCACGAGAGCUUGAACCUCAAAAAGGCCGCCGCCUCCAACCCGGCCGACACACAGGGCCAGCUCUCAAGAACACUGGACGGCCCUCUGCUCUUUGAGCGAUUGGAGAUAUGAGUAAUAGACCAAGGGUCACUGAACACAGCCUGCCUAUGUUGUCCUUGGGACUGUCCUAGUUGAUGGACCGUUGAUCUACUGACCCAACUGAGCAGGGUUGUGAUGAAGAUGAGAGGGACUGCUGUUGUGGUUGUUUUGUUUUUUUACUGUUAUUUUCUGAUCCAACCUUACAUUUAAACUCAGGUGUAGAAAAGGAGGUACUAUUAGACUGUCACCCUCACCCAGUCAAAAUCACAGGCCCCUUGUAAUUGCCUUGAUUACCUUUUUGUGAAUGUAUGAGUGAAUGUGUAGACAAUAAGGUGUGUACAUCAGAUUAUCUGCGUGUGGAAGUACACAAACACUGAUCAUUUGUCCAAAGCGGAACCGUCCUGAAGAAGAGAGCCCAGUUACUGUCCAUUUCCACCCCAAUGCAGAUUCGUAAAUAUUAAUAAUAGUAAAUAUGUGCACCUUUCAAAGCUGCCUUCAUUGUCAAGAAUGUCUUGGAAUUACAAGGAGGGACUGGCAGAAAUGGUGCAAUUUGUAUCCAGACUCUACAUCACUCUCUGGGAUGCACUGUGGAUUUUAGUCUGUGGAGUUAGUGGCCUUUGGUAGUCCUAUUUUUAGUCCUACACAUAUACUAUGUAUGAAAAUAUAUCCUUAUCUUCUGUCCCGGACGGGGGGGAAAUUCUAAAACGACACAUUCUACUAUCUGGUGAAUGCACAUCCACAGAACAAACGCCUAAAAUCAUGCGCUUGUUUUUAAAUUUUUUUUUUACAAUUGUUGCAUUCCACAUAAAAGUGUGUACUUUCUGUUUUCAUUCGAGGCUCGUCCCUCUGCGUGGUUGAUUCUUUUGAGUGCUUCCUCUUCCCCAUGCGAUACUAAACAGGUCCUCAGGGUGUACAGUUUCUAUAUACGGGUAUUUGUCUGCAUUAUUUGAAGGAGGAGCAGCAUGAGGAAUAAGGGACUGAAACUGUGGCAAAUGGGUCCACCUCACGGCCACCUGUCUUUUUAUUUUUAUCAAAGUGAAGUGAGAUGGAUCAAAUUUCGGUUAUUCCACAUUCCUGUUGAUAAGAUGUCUGAGUUUUUAAAUCCCAAUUAUUUUAAGAUUGCUUCGGACACAUUUUUAAAGGGCUACCAAUGCAUUUUCUAAUGAAUUGAAGAUGUCCGUCCUGCACCUUCACCCCGUCGUAUCCACGUCGCGUCUGUGACCCCCACUUGUGCAGUUUAGUGAUGACAGUAAAUUAAUCUACCUCAUUGGCAUUAACUGAGUCUCUGAAACUUCUUUCUCUCGCUCCGCCGGACACCUGCGGGUCAACGCCUUGUGACCAGCCGAUGAUUUUCAGCACAACCUAUUGUGCAGUCUUUGAGAAAUGAAAUGAAUGAAAUGGCCGUACGAUACACGAGCCUCUUUGGUCACAGGUUGCCAGGUGUCAGAUGUCAUUGCCCACCGGCAGACGUUUAUGUAAAGGAAUCCGUCCUUGAAUCGUUUUAGUGGGACAGCACUUUCAUCAUCUUUUAAAUGGAGUGUUGAGGAGGAUACAACGCUGCACGUCUGUAACAGGAGUCUAAAUUGGUCUUAACUUGUACGGAUCGCAUGCCUUUUGUCAGAAGCGGUGUUCCAGUCUCAGGUCUGUAAUAGACUGCGUAGAGUUUGCCGUCAUUAUGGGUUUACUAUGUUCUUUGGUAGUAGGUACCUAAGGCGUUGAGGAAAUAUUUCCGGGUGGUGGAAAAGGAAAGUUCUUGAAGCUGUGAGCAAAAUGUUCUAAAUGCGUCGCACAAGACUAUUUGGUUGAAAUAGGCAGUUGUUUUCAGUUGUGCCCAAUAGGUCACUUUUGAGGUAGUCUGUUCACUCGCGCUGUCUAAUGCAUGAAGGACAGUGUGGAUGUUUGAGGUCUGAGGUUGUACAUAUGUUGUGAGUGUGUGUGUGUGUGUUUGUAUGCGUGUGUUUCUGGUGUAGAAUCGGCACCAGGUGAUUGGAAGUGUGCGUUCAUCUCUCACUUUUACUCUGGGGUCAUCUCUCUGCACUAGUGAAAACCAUUUAGACGUGAUUUAAAUGUGAAUCAUAUUUAUUUUCCUUCUUAAGCAUCUUUGUACAUUUUAUGACUUGUUUUAAUAUAAAUGUGGUGUACGUUUCUAUUUUUUCUUUUUUUUUUUUUUUUUCAA